GUAGACAAAUAAAAGAUGACACAUGGACAAAUAUAUAACAUGUGGGUAGAUAAGUGACAUACACAAAUAAGUAGGCGGAGAACAAAUAAAUUAAGAUAAUAUAACAUUUCAAAUUAUUAUUCUCCUUUUAACCUUAAAAUAAUAGAAUUUGAAACUAUUGUUUCAAAAAUUUUAAUUUUUGAUCUGGAACCAUUUCAAAUUUGAUCACAGUAGGAUCCGAAGUAUACUCUUGGGAUUAGCUUUUGAACCUCUCCCAAACUACCCCUCCACGAAUUCUAUGAAGAUUUUGAUCUGGAACUGUCGCAGGACAGGAAACAAUACCUUCAAGCGUAACUUAAGGGAGCUCCUUCGAGCCCACAAACCUGAAAUUCUUGUCCUUAUGGAAACGAAAGUAACCUUUAGUUCCUUUGGGAAUUUUUUCAACAACUUGGGCUUUUCAGCUUCCACUGUGGUAGAUCCAAUAGGCAGAAUGGGGGAAAUCUGGCUGCUAUGGGAUACAGCUCAUGUCAAUGUCCAUACUUCCUCUGUCUCUAACCAAUAUAUCCAUGCCACCAUCCAUAAGGAAGACUAUGAAGAAUGGGUAUUAUCUGCAGUUUAUGCUAGUCCCAACCCUGUAACAAGAGAAAUUUUUUGGGAGGAGCUGGAAAGGACAGCUACCAACAUGAACCAGGCCUGGCUAGUUGCUGGAGAUUUCAACAAUUUCACUGAUCACAGUGAAAGAAGGAGCUUUACACCCAACCACAACUUUACCAGAGCACAGAGGUUUAGAGAACGAAUAAACAACUGCAACCUCAUUGACCUGGGAAGUGUAGGUCCUAGACUUACCUGGACUAACAACAGACAAGGUCUGGCCAACACUAUGGAGCGCUUGGAUAGAGCAAUGAGUAAUGCACAAUGGCGAACACUCUUUUUUCUUGAAGGCACUGUAAGGACUCUCCCUCGCACAUACUCAGACCACUCCCCUCUAGUGGUUUUCACUCAAGGUAAACUCAAACUUAACACUGAUGGUUGCUCCAGAGGUGACCCAGGACAGUCUCACUAUGGAGGGCUACUAAGGGAUGAAGUGGGCUCAUGGGUGUGGGGCUUCCAGGGCUACUUAGGGCAUUGCACCAGCUUGGAGGUAGAAAUUUGGGGAAUCUAUAGAGGUUUGACUAUCAUCAUGCAAAAAGGGAUGUCCAACAUCACCAUUGAAAGAGAUUUCCAAGCUGCCAUGGACCUGAUCAGAGAUGGUGCUGCAAGCUCAUCACCCUUUCGAGCCAUUGUAGAAGAUGCAAACUUCUUUCUCAAUAGAUGUCAGUGCUCCAUUCAGCAUGUACCCCGAGAAGGCAACCAGAGUGCUAAUGCCUUGGCAAAUCUUGAAGCCAAUCAACAAGAACAUCUGAUCUACCUGGAGGAUCCACCUAGCUCCAUACUUUCUCUUCUUAUUACUGAUAUGGUGCAUGCUUCUGUAAACUCUAGAAGGGAUUGAUAUAUCCCUGGACUAUUUUGUAUGCAACUUUGGUUGUUUUUUCCUAUGAAUCAAAAAAAAAAAAAAAACAACAUUAGCAUAAACUUGUGCGA